AUGGCAUCUGCACUCACCGACUCCAUGGCCUCGUUCCAGGGCUUCACCACCGCUGCCGGCUUCCAGUCGCAGCAGCCCAUGCAACAACCCGUCGACACGGGCAUGUGCUCGGACGAGGAGGACUGGACCUCCGUGGCCGACGCCGCCGAGCGGAGACGGAUCCAGAACCGCAACGCCCAGCGCAAAUACCGCCGGAACCUCAAGCGCCGCGUGCAAGCCCUCGAGCAGCAGCAGCAACACCAGCAGCAAUCCGCAUAUCACCACCGCCAGACCUCGCCCUUCCCAUCCACCGGCAGCAUCGACCUCCAGCACCUGUUCGGCCCCUCCAACUUCUCCAUCCCCAUGACCGCCGCCGCCACCCCCAGGAACACGCCGCUCCCCACGCCCCCUUGCGAGCCGUCGGCAGCGGCAAUGGCCGCCUCGCAAUGCGCCACCUGCCACCAAUGCGGCAGCCUGGUGUCCAUGGCGGCCGCAGACAGCGCCAGCCAGCUCCUCGGCAUGACCACCCCGCCCUUCCAGCACAUCGUCGAGGACUGGACGCAAACCAUGUUCGACGACGUGCUGCCCGACAUCAGCAUGCCCGACAGCACCACGACCCCGGCCAACAGCGUCUCGGGAGCCGACUCAUCAUCAUCAUCCUCAUCAUCAUCACACGUCGGCGCCGGCGGCCUGAACAUCUCCCUCACCGGCCACGCCGACAGCACGACCACCACAUCCGACGCCUCCGACAACAUCAGCACCAACACCAAGCUCUCGUCCCCCCCGCCCUUUUCCACCUCCUCAGCCGCGUCGACAACCUCCACCCGCUCCCGCUCCGCCAGCGCCCGGCAAUCGCUCUCCGGCCGCUCGCUGCUGCACAUCGCGGCCGAGCGCGGCAACGACGCCAUGGUGUCCUUCCUGCUCGAGCAGGGCGGCGACCCCAACGCCCGCGACGACAUGGGCUGGACGCCGCUGCACCUCGCCGUCGAGCAGGGGCACAAGGGGACCGUCAGCCGGCUGCUCGAGGCGGGGGGGAACCUGUUUGCGAGGACGGAGUAG